GUGGGCGUGGUUCUCCCACUCUGGCGUCCACCUUUGGUACGGUGUACCUUUCUUGCCUUUGAAUCUGAUUCUGGUUCCCUAGGAUCCGUUUUUAUUAGAGUUGGAAGUGACUGCUCCUAACGCUAAGAAUGCUAAGUUGUGUAUUUCUGAGAAGGUGUGAGAGAUUCUGUGAUUGUUAUGGCAUCAAUAUUAGGAAAUUAUCAGUACUUUCUGAGGCCAAACCAGAGCACUUAAUGGUUGAAAAAGUUGUUCAUAUAGAUCGUGUGUCAAAUUUACACUAUCUUCUGCAGUUAUGUGCAAAAACAAGAUCUUCCAUAGGAGGAAGAGCAUGCCAUGCUCAGAUUAUUCGCAUUGGCUUGGACAUGGACAUAUUAACGUCAAAUAUGCUCAUUAACAUGUACUCUAAAUGCUCUUUAGUUGGCAGUGCUCGCAAAAAAUUCAAUGAAAUGCCACUGAAAAGCUUAGUUUCGUGGAAUACAAUGAUUGCAGCACUUAUCCAGAAUGCAGAGUACCAGGAAUCUCUAACACUUUUAAUUCAAAUGCAAAGAGAGGGAACCCCAUUCAAUGAAUUUACCAUUUCCAGUGUUCUAUGUGAGUGUGCCUUCAAAUGUGCUAUACUUGAGUGCAUGCAGUUGCAUGCUUUUUCAAUUAAGGCUGCCAUGGAUUCAAAUUGUUUUGUUGGAACUGGUUUACUCCAUGUCUAUGCUAAGUGCUCUUCCAUAAAAGAUGCAAGUCAGAUAUUUGAGAGUAUGCCUGAGAAGAACGCUGUUACAUGGAGUUCAAUGAUGGCAGGAUUCGUUCAAAAUGGGUUUAAUGAGGAGGCCUUGCUACUUUUUCACAAUGCUCGGUUGAUGGGUUUCGAGCAGGACCCGUUUAUGAUAUCAUCUGCUGUUAGUGCUUGUGCAGGCCUGGCAACUUUGGUCGAAGGGAAGCAAGUGCAUGCCAUUUCAUACAAGUCUGGAUAUGGUUCAAACAUAUAUGUUGUUUCCUCCCUUAUAGACAUGUAUGCCAAAUGUGGCUGCAUAAGAGAAGCUUACCUUAUGUUUCAAGGUGUGGUGGAGGUUAGGAGCGUUGUUUUAUGGAAUGCAAUGAUUUCUGGGUUUGCUAGACAUGCUUGUGCGCUAGAGGCUAUGAUCUUGUUCGAAAAAAUGCAGCAGAGAGGCUUCUUUCCUGAUGAUGUAACAUAUGUAUCUGUACUAAAUGCAUGUAGUCAUAUGGGUUUACAUGAAGAAGGACAAAAGUAUUUUGAUCUCAUGGUUAAACAGCACAAUCUUUCACCCAGUGUCCUUCACUACUCAUGUAUGAUUGAUAUUCUUGGUCGAGCAGGACUGGUUCACAAGGCUUAUGACUUGAUAGAAAGAAUGCCAUUUAAUGCAACUAGUUCUAUGUGGGGUUCACUUUUAGCCUCUUGUAGAAUUUAUGGCAAUAUUGAGUUUGCUGAGAUUGCAGCCAAGCAUCUGUUUGAAAUGGAACCUAACAAUGCAGGAAACCACAUCUUGCUAGCAAACAUAUAUGCAGCUAAUAAAAAGUGGGACGAAGUUGCAAGAGCGAGGAAACUUAUAAGAGAGAGUGAUAUGAGGAAGGAGAGGGGUACGAGUUGGAUUGAAAUUAAGAAUAAGAUUCAUUCAUUUACUGUUGGCGAGAGAAAUCAUCCACAAAUAGAAGAGAUUUAUGCUAAGUUGGAUAAUUUGGUGGUAGAGUUAAAGAAGCUGAAUUACAAGGUUGAUACCAAUAAUGACCUGCACGAUGUUGAAGAGAGCAGGAAACAGAUGCUCUUGAGGCACCACAGUGAGAAGCUUGCUGUUACCUUUGGAUUGAUGUGUUUGCCAAGUGAUAUACCAAUAAGGAUUAUAAAAAACCUCAGAAUUUGUGGUGAUUGCCACACUUUUAUGAAACUUAUCUCCAAGUUUACAAGCAGAGAGAUUGUUGUUCGAGAUACAAACCGUUUUCAUCACUUCAAGGAUGGGUUAUGUUCUUGUGGAGAGUUUUGGUGAAGUUGGGAUAUAUAUUCCCUUUUAUUUACUCCCAACUUUUACUUCCAUUCCUGCAUCCUUAUACCAUAUUUGAGUGACUUUAAGGGGGAGGAGCGAUGAUUAAAUAUUACUAUUAAUUUCUAACCACGUGGAUGGAGAAAAUUUUAUCAGAAGGUGAUCUCUAGGGUAUAAAAAUCACCAAUUCAUGUUUUAUAUGACAUAGGAACUUUUUUCUGAUGCAAAUUGUUGGUUUCAGAUUUUCAGUUUGUAGUAAAGUACGAAGGGAACAGUAUGUGUUUGGAUCUGCGUUCGACGUACGCUGAUUCACGUCAGAUUUGUUACAGAAGUAUGAUGUGCUUCAUUUUUGAAUAUUUGAUGCACGUCCACAGCAUGGUAGUGAGGCCUGAAAUUUCAGUUGUUUUCUGAAAUUAAGUUGGGCGUUUAAGUACAGCAGAUGUUUCCGGAGAAUGGGCCUGAAAUUCAUUUCAAGGGAAUGGAUUUCGUAGUGAGGCCUUUGUUACAUUGAAACGAGGACAAUAGUCGACUGGUGUUAUGAAGAUCAGCUUAUAUUUGUCAAUGCAUUCUUUGACUAAAUAUGUUGCUAAACCCAAAAUGCAGAUCCAAUGUACAAAUUCGAGUUCUUAAUUUGUCAGCUUAUAUUUUUUUUUAAUUAAGUAUAGCUUUUUUCCAACAGAUGGCCUCUUAUUAAAAAU